AUGGCUCUAUUUCACUUCACCAUAUUUAUCAUUUCUUCCAUUUUUGUAACAUCAUCCUCAAGCUUUAUCCACCCCUUUGAUCCUUUAACUGAGCCCGAACUCAGACUCGUACAUAACGUUAUCAACAAACGGUACCCCGUUGGUCCGAAACAUAGAUUCACGUACGAGUACGUAGGUCUCAACGAGCCCGAUAAGUCGCUAGUCUUGUCAUGGCAUUCAUCACGACACCACAACAUCAAACCACCUCCACGUCAGGCGUUCGUCAUAGCCCGAGAGAAUGGAAAGACCCGAGAGAUCGUUGUUGACUUGUUCUCACGAGCCAUUCUCUCGGACAAGAUCUACGUAGGUAAUGGUAACCCUAUGCUCACUACCGAGGAGCAGCAAGCAGCCACCGCGCUCGUUCUCAAGUUCAAGCCGUUCCGUGACUCCAUGAUGAGACGCGGCUUGAACAUGUCGGAGGUUGUGGUCACGUCAUCAACAAUGGGAUGGUUCGGUGAGGCCAAGACGGAGAGGCUUAUAAAAACCAUACCGUUUUAUCUUAACGGGUCUGUGAACACGUAUCUUAGACCUAUUGAAGGAAUGACAAUACUCGUUGACCUUGACAAGAUGAAGAUAGCGAAGUUUAAGGACAGGUACAAGGGUCCUCUUCCGAAGGCUAACGGAACGGAGUACCGUAUCUCAAACCUUAAGCCGCCGUUUGGCCCGUCACUUCGAGACGCCAUCGUUUUUCAGCCGGACGGUCCAGGGUUUAAGAUCGAUGGACACGUCGUGAGAUGGGCCAAUUGGGAGUUUCACAUAUCAUUCGACGUACGAGCCGGUGUCAUUAUCUCCCUAGCAUCCAUUUUCGACAUUGACAUGAACAAGUACCGGCAAAUCCUCUACAAAGGCCAUUUGUCAGAGAUGUUUGUACCUUACAUGGACCCAAGUGAUGAUUGGUACUUCAUCACUUACCUUGACUGUGGUGAAUUCGGCUGCGGUCAAGCUGCCGUGUCUCUUGAGCCAUAUACCGAUUGUCCCGCAAAUGCUGUCUUCAUGGACAGCAUCACUGCAGGCCUAGAUGGAACUCCUACAAAAAAAUCAAACGUUAUAUGCAUUUUCGAAAAAUACGCGGGAGACAUUAUGUGGCGACACACCGAAUCUGAAGUUCCCGGCUUAGAAAUCACAGAGGUUAGACCAGACGUAAGUCUUGUAGCCCGGACAGUGACAACCGUGGGGAACUACGACUACAUAGUUGAUUACGAGUUCAAACCUAGUGGUUCCAUCAAAAUUGAGGUUGGUUUAACCGGUGUUCUAGAAGUCAAACCUGUGGAAUAUGUACACACAUCGGAGAUCAAAGAAGACGAUAUCCACGGGACAAUUGUUGCAGACUACACUGUUGGAGUCAACCACGACCAUUUCGUGACGUUCCGUCUUGAUCUUGACAUUGAUGGAACCGACAAUUCAUUUAUCCGUAACGAACUCGUGACCAAGAAGACUCCAAAGUCUGCCAACACACCAAGAAAAAGCUACUGGACAACAAGUAAAAAGACGGCGAGAACGGAGGCAGAUGCUAGGGUGAAACUAGGGCAGAGACCGGAGGAGUUGGUGGUGGUUAACCCUAACCGGAAAACGAAGCAUGGCAAUGAGAUUGGAUACCGUUUACUUUCUGGCCCGGUCGCAGGUCCACUUCUUGACCAAAACGACUACCCACAGAUUCGUGCAGCGUUCACCAACUAUAACGUGUGGAUCACGCCUUAUAACAAGUCGGAAGUUUGGGCUAGUGGUUUAUACGCCGAUCGGAGCCAAGGCGACGACACGUUAAACGUCUGGUCUCAAAGGAACAGGGAGAUAGAGAAGAAAGAUAUAGUGAUGUGGUACACCGUUGGAUUCCACCACGUCCCCUGCCAAGAAGAUUUUCCGACCAUGCCUACUUUGGCACGUGGCUUUGAACUCCGACCAACAAACUUUUUCGAGCAAAAUCCUGUCCUCAAGACCAAACCCAUUAAACUCGCAAAAUCUCCAAAAUGCACUCCGAAAAACGAUUAA